GGGUCCAACCUUUUGUGAUGUAUUUUCUUAAAAUUAAUCGGAGGAAUAAGUAGUUGGUUCAUCCAACCAACAAAAGAACACACAACACAGAAAAGCUCUCAUAGUUAACUCCGCCACCUCCAACGGAGCUCUCAAAGCUCAAACACUAUAAGUAUAUCUCAUCAUUCACUAUCUUCUUCCCCUGCUCUCCCACAUUUCAAUCUCCACACAAAACCCCUAAUAAUCACAAUGCAAUCUUCAAUUUCUCUAUCGCUCUCUUCACCAUCCACGAUCUGCAGAUCGGACUCCUCGGCCGCCGUCGUUUCCAAUGCCAAUGUCCAUUUGUUGAAUCCGCGAUCACUUCGAUUCUGCGGUCUUAGAAGGGAGGCUUUUGGGUUCAAUUCGUUGAAUUCGUCCUUUUCUACGCAUCGUCUCCAGUCCUCUAAUGCUAGGAGGCGUCUUUGUUCCAACAGAAUCGUGGCUUCUUCGGCUGGAAACGGAGCUCCUUCUAAGGGAUUUGAUUAUGAUCUGGUUAUCAUUGGAGCUGGUGUUGGUGGUCAUGGUGCUGCUCUUCAUGCCGUCGAGAAGGGCUUGAAAACUGCUAUCAUUGAAGGGGACGUAGUUGGAGGGACAUGUGUAAAUAGGGGUUGUGUUCCUUCCAAAGCCCUUCUUGCUGUGAGUGGUCGCAUGCGGGAGCUUCAGAAUGAACACCAUAUGAAGUCUUUUGGUCUACAGGUUGCUGCCGCGGGAUAUGACAGACAGGGUGUUGCUGAUCAUGCAAAUAAUUUGGCCUCCAAGAUUCGUAGUAAUUUGACCAAUUCAAUGAAAUCCCUUGGUGUGGAUAUAUUGACAGGUUUUGGGACCGUUUUGGGUCCACAAAAAGUCAAAUAUGGAGAUACUGUAAUAACAGCAAAGGAUAUUAUAAUUGCUACUGGGUCUGUCCCCUUGGUGCCCAAAGGCAUUGAGGUUGAUGGUAAGACAGUGAUAACAAGUGAUCAUGCACUCAAAUUGGAAUUUGUACCUCAAUGGAUUGCUAUUGUUGGAAGUGGUUACAUUGGACUAGAAUUCAGUGAUGUGUACACGGCACUUGGAAGUGAGGUUACCUUUGUUGAGGCUUUAGAUCAGCUCAUGCCCGGAUUUGAUCCUGAGAUUGGGAAAUUGGCACAGAGAGUCCUCAUAAAUCCUCGAAAGAUUGAUUAUCAUACAGGUGUAUUUGCAAGCAAGAUAACUCCAGCAAAGGAUGGAAAACCAGUGACUAUUGAGCUUAUUGAUGCAAAGACCAAGGAACUGAAGGAUACAUUGGAAGUAGAUGCUGCUCUAAUUGCAACCGGAAGGGCUCCAUUCACGCAAGGACUUGGCCUGGAAAAUAUAAAUGUUGAAACACAACGUGGAUUUGUUCCUGUUGAUAGUCGCAUGCGUGUCAUUGAUGCCAGCGGAGAGUUGGUUCCUCACUUGUAUUGCAUUGGUGAUGCAAAUGGAAAAAUGAUGCUUGCACAUGCUGCAAGUGCACAAGGAAUCUCUGUUGUUGAGCAAGUUACUGGAAAGGACCAUGUCCUGAACCAUUUAAGUAUUCCAGCUGCAUGCUUUACCCAUCCUGAAAUUAGUAUGGUCGGAUUAACAGAGCCUCAAGCCAGAGAAAAAGCUGACAAGGAGGGCUUUGAGAUUGGUAUAGCCAAGACUAGUUUCAAGGCCAACACAAAAGCCCUAGCUGAAAAUGAAGGGGAGGGACUUGCAAAGUUGAUAUAUAGACCCGACAAUGGGGAGAUCCUAGGUGUUCACAUUUUUGGAAUGCAUGCUGCUGACCUCAUUCAUGAAGCAUCCAACGCCAUAGCUCUGGGAACACGCAUACAGGACAUAAAGUAUGCUGUUCAUGCGCAUCCAACCUUGUCUGAAGUGAUUGAUGAACUCUUUAAGGCAGCAAAGGUUAAAGCUAACACUUCUAGUCCAGUUGCUGAGCCAGUUGCAGCUUAAGUUUCAAGGAGCCGCUGUGAUGGAUUCAUAAUUUAUAGGAUUUUGCAUAAGUUUCUGAUUGGCGCUUGUUGGCUCGAUUUUCACAUAUUGUGUUGUGCAGUAGUCUAGAAAGAAGUUUCUUGUUCAACCUUUCUACAAGUGCGCACAUACAUUAGUUGCCUAAAUGAAUUUGGCGUAGAACCAAUUUUGUUUUGUAGUCUGUUAGCGUUUAAACUUGUGGUAUAUAUAGGUUGCACUUGGAAAGUAAUUUUUUGUGAGGACAUUGUAACCUAUUAGUUCCAACUUCCAAUUACUCACUCAUACAUUGAGCAACGAAAUGGGAUGCGACAUUUAUCUUGAUAUUAACACUAACCUAUAAAAGUUGGUGUAAUGUAUUAUGCGCUGUGCAAAA